CAGGUACCAACCAACUCCUGAUACAUACCAUCGUAUCCCUCCUCAAUUCGAACACCAGGUUUCUCUCUCAGAGCCAAUACAGAUCAACGCCAACUAUCCUAUGCACUACAUUCAGCGUCAACAACAGCAAAAAAUAUAUUUUACACCACCAUCCACAGUUCCCGUAGCUCUUUCUGUAGCCCAGCCACCUCCUCAAACAGCACUUCCUGUUGCUCCUUUACCGAGGCCAUCUUCGGUGUCACCUUGUGAGCAGACAUCGCUCAACAGCCCCACACUCACUUCUAAUAGCGGAUCGGCUUCAUGUGAGACUCCGCCUAUUGCCGGGGAAGCUAUUUCGACCGAUCUCGAGGGUCCGGAUAACGAACGGGUAAUGUGCAUGGCGUGUCGCGGUGUGUAUCCGUCAAGACGAAGUCUUACUGGCCAUAUUGGAAGAAACGAGAAAUGUCGUGAAAUCAUUGGUCGUAACUAUCUGGAUCAAGUGGCGAUGGGUGCUAACCCGAUAGCUCCAGGAACAGAGAACGCAAUCAAAGCCGGUGCGUUGACCAAUGGACACGAUGGACUUAGCCCUAUUUGUCCACACUGUGAUCGUUUUAUCAGUCAUUACAAGGGUAAUAUUAGAAGGCACAUCAAUCAAUGCGGUAAGAACGACAGCCCACAGAAGAGACCAAGACCGGACAAGGACAGGCGAAGAGAUUCAAAGCGACGACGACACGAAGAAUCUCUUCUACCGCACGUGUUGCACGAAGGAUUCGAUCCGGUUCUUGGGGCUCAAAAUUCAUCGCUCAUCGGUUCUCCAGUUAUGUCGCCACCACUCGGCUCGUAUUUGCCUUCCCACGAACAUGACAUUCAGGAUAACACCACAUAUGCGAACAAUCAUCCAACUGACCAACAAAUACAAUUACCGAGUGACCCGUCUCCUCCAGGUGGUCCUAGAAAAGAAGCUGAUCCUCCAGAGGAUGCUUACAUUUGUGAUAGCUGUGAAUUUGUUACAAUCUACAAAGGUAAUAUGAAGAGGCAUUUGAACACCUGUCAUCCUGCGCCUGAUUGUAAAGAUCUCAAAGAAUGGGAUCGUAAGUUGGAGAGUAUGCGAGCGUCGAUGUUGGGCAUGAGUCGCGCGGAAAUGAUAGAUCGACUGAACGCCCAUCGAAUGAACUCCACUCGGGGACGGAAGCCCAGAAACAAGAAGCACGACGACGGUGCUCAGGCAGUGGUGCAAGCCGAUUUCUCUCAAAUGCACUAUAACUACGACAUGAUGAACAGCAGCUUCCCACAGUUAUGA